GCUACCCCAACGAGUAUCCGAGUCAUGCAGGAUUAUCGUGUUGUUGCAUCAGAGAUAGUAACUGAAGGCGGAGACAAUUCAUGUGAUAGAUAUCUUGGGAUGAGUCUGAAGCAUACUUCAUUGAUAACCCUCGACGGCCAAUCUCGAACGCUGGAAGACUUAGCAUUCUUGUCACCCAGAGUUCUUCACGAAAUCAAUCAAGAUGGGUCAAAAGAGAGUGCUCAUCAGCUAUGGCGUUGAUGUUGAUGCGGUUGCUGGCUGGCUAGGAUCCUACGGAGGCGAGGAUUCGACGAGCGACAUCAGUAGAGGAUUGUUUGCCGGUACUAUAGGUGUUCGAAGGCUGCUCAAGCUAUUCAAGAAAUACGAGAUGAAGACAACUUGGUUUAUACCUGGUCACAGCCUGGAAACGUUCCCCGAUGACAUGGCUGCUGUUCGAGAUGCUGGUCACGAAAUUGGGCUUCAUGGCUAUUCUCAUGAGAACCCAUCUGAUAUGACUAUUGAUCAGCAGAGGGAUGUGCUCGACAAAACGUACAGGAUGCUCACAGAGUUCUCUGGGAAACCUCCGCGUGGGAGUGUUGCCCCUUGGUGGGAGUGCAGUAAGGAAGGCGGCCAACUGUUGCUUGAUUACGGUAUAGAAUACGACCAUUCUAUGAGCCAUCAUGACUGCCAGCCGUAUUACCUCCGGACUGGAGACAAAUGGACCAACAUAGACUAUACGCAAAAGGCAGAAACUUGGAUGAAGCCCUUGCAAAAGGGUCAAGAGACUGGCCUUGUGGAAAUCCCGGCAAGCUGGUACCUGGAUGACCUGCCUCCGAUGAUGUUCAUCAAAUCUGCGCCAAACAGCCACGGUUUUGUGAACCCCAGGGAUAUCGAGGAUCUUUGGAGAGACCAGUUUGAUUACUUCUAUCGGGAGUACGACGAGUUCAUUUUCCCCAUAACAAUUCAUCCUGAUGUCUCGGGUCGACCUCAGGUUCUCCUAAUGCAUGAAAGGCUUAUUGAAUAUUUCAAGAAGCACGAGGGCGUAGAAUUUGUUACUAUGGAGCAAAUCUGUGAUGAUUUCAAGAGAAAUAAUAAGCCACCACCUGGUGCGGUGUUGCCAGCAGAAGUUGGUGCGAAGCUAUGAAUAGUUUUGGGCCACAACUGAUAUUUCUCACAAUACCCAUUUUCCAGGCUUCCUUGAUAUUAAUAUUAACAUUCAAUUGUUAAAUAUUGUCGCUCAAUUGUUUGUCAUCUUAAAGAUUAUGGUAGUACCGGGACAAAUUGUCACGGAACGACAUAAGGAGUGCAGUACCUAUGCCAUUGCGCUACCAAAAGGUAACGACGAGUUAUCAAGUCGAGG